UGACGAACACCCGCAACCACCACCGACACACGACCCGCCCUCGCGCAGUGUCUGCCUACCUACCUGCCUACCUGCCUACCUACGCAGCAAGCAGCGCACACCUCCCCGCUGCACCCACCCACCCAGCGGCCCAGCCAAACACGACCACGAUGGCGCAGGCCGCGAACGGCAUCACGGAGGCGUCGCUAGCGGCAGCGCUGACGGAGCGCCUGGACGCGGUGCACGUCGAAGUGACGGACACGUCUGGCGGCUGCGGCCAGUCGUUCGCCGCGCUCGUGGUGUCGCCGCGGUUCGCGGGCCAGCCGUCGCUGAAGCGCCACCGCGCCGUCAACGCCGCGCUGCGCGCCGAGAUCGCCGCCAUCCACGCCUGGAGCGCCCGCUGCCAGACCCCCGCCGAGUGGGCCGCCGCCGCCUCCAGCGCCGCGGCGCCCGCCGAGCAGAGCGCCCCGGCCCCGGCCCCGGCCCCGGCCCAGAGCUGAGACAGGAUCAGGGGAGCCGCGCGAGGACCUGCGACGGUCGG